UGCCCGUGGCUCGGGCUGAAACAAUGGAACCGCCUGCAGCUGCCACCAGGUUUUUCGAACACAACGUGGUGGGCUUUCGGAUGGUCGGUGUCUGCGUGGCCUGCUGCCUCCCCCAUCUGCGGCCGCCGCAAAAGUCCUGAAGAACCAUGAGCAGCGGAGCCAGGGAGCUGCCCGCGCGCAGCGUCUCCUCGGCACAGUGCCUCAUUCGCGAGGGCUACACCGUCGGAAGGACCAUUGGCGAGGGCUCCUACUGCCGGGUCAAAGAGAUAUCGAAGGGCCAGGAGCGGUACGCGGUCAAAAUCAUCGCGAAGAACCAGACAUCGUCGGACUUCGUGAACCGGUUCCUCCCACGCGAGUUGGACAUCUUGCCCCGCAUCGAGCACCCAAACAUCGUCAAGGUCUACCGCAUCCUGCAGGCGCGAGAGAAGGUCUUCAUCAUCAUGGAGCUGGCCGAGCAUGGCGACCUGCUGGACCACAUCCGGAACCACGGCCGCAUCAGCGAGGACAGGGCGCGCCGAUACUUCGGCCAGCUGGCCAGCGCGCUCAACUACCUGCACGCCAAGAACAUUGCGCACCGGGACCUCAAGUGCGAGAACGUCCUCCUCAAGGACGAGAACACGGUCAAGCUGACCGACUUCGGAUUCAGCCGCUUCUGCCAUGACCCCAGCGGCAAGCGCGUGCUGAGCUCGACGUACUGCGGCAGCGCGGCGUACGCGUCGCCCGAGGUGCUGCAGGGCAUACCGUACAACCCCAAGAUGUACGACGUCUGGUCGCUGGGCUGCAUCCUGUUCAUCAUGGUGACCGGCACGAUGCCCUUCGACGACACCAACAUCAAGACCCAGAUCCGACUGCAGAUGCACCGCGACGUACGCUUCCCGCCCAACUACUCGAUCAGCUCCUCCUGCAAGAGCCUCAUCCGGCACAUGCUCGAGCCGGACAUUGUGAAGCGCGCCACGCUCAAGCAGGUGAUGCGACACCAGUGGCUCGAGGAAGGCGUCGCCGUGGCCUCGUGAAGCGCCCGGCCCGGGGCGCCGUGUGACCCCCGGCGAGCAAGCAGAGCACGCACCCCCUCACCGCCCCCGCUUCAACUCGCCUUCCGUUCGCUCGCUCUUGUGCCUCGCGUUGCAGAGAGAGACAAUCAGGCGACUCAAAAGUGUGCGUGCCACGCGCCAUUAGGACGCUCGACCGCUGGCGCGCAAGGCGCCGGCGAUGCUAAAUUCCCGCCCGCCAUCGCAGACGCCGACAAGUACCACCCAAUAAAGCCCAUACCACGUUAAAAAAACACAA